UCCCCCUCGAUUCCACUAUAGAGGAAUUAAACCACUCACGGAACUCUGUCUGACUGCUGUAAUCGAUCGGACUCGGAACUGAAUUCCAAUACAUGCUUUGAAAACAUGCAAAACAUGAUAUUAUUAACUCGUUUAGAGCGUUGAGCCAUUGAUGUUUCCAUUCGGAGCUAAAGAAGAUCGUUAUCUUUUAUCUUUUUUUUUUCUUCGUGGGAAUUAAACACAACAAGGGAUGUGCAUAUCUCUUGCAGAGAAGAAAUAUUUUAUAAACGAAUAGAAAUCGAAGGAUCUAGUCGCAAUUACGAAUUGAUAGCUCAUUUGCGUAGUAUGUGAAGUGAUAUUCUCUUUUCUAGGAAAUUAGACAAUCACUUCUUUGGAGGGUAACGAUAAUGCGUGGAAAUUAAUGUUUUGUGGAUAUUGCAAUAAACAGAAUAUAUUAACAUUUGAUCAUGUUAUUUGUCAAGUACCGACACAUGUUUAUGACAAACUAAAUUGUAAGAAAACAUAGCAUUAAACAAACAGAGUAGUAAUACAUAAUACAACAAAUCUAAUAAAUAGUGCCGUAUACUUUUACUCUUAAAAGCAUUACAAGGUGUGAAUUGUUUUCUAUCAACUCUCUGCUGAUUACAGUGUUUUAAUUUCACGUGAUACCGUUCUGUGCGCCCGGACCAACGAAGUGGCACCGGAAGUAUGACGGAGGGCGGCGGUGGCAUGGAGACGACCCUGGUGACGGCUCGCUGGAGUCUCGUCCAGUUCUCGCUGUUAGCGGUGUAUACCCUUGGCUUCCACGGGGUCACCAGCUUCCCCUACUACAUUCACAAACAUUCGGGUCUGUUCCUAGUGGCGUUCUACGUGUUGAUGGUUCUCGUCUGUAUCCCGGUCGUGUACGUACAGAUCAAGCUGGGAGCCAUCUUCAAGAGGGGUAUCGUGCAGAUAUUCUCCAUCAUACUGCCCGUGCUGAAAGGUGUGGCUGUGUCCAUCUUGGUGCUCACAUAUAUUCGGUGUCUCCUUCACGCGGUGGAGCUCAGCUAUGCCCUGUACUUUGCCAUCGCAAGUUUAAAGGGGCUUUUUCCCUGGGCAGCAACACCAGCGAAUGAUAGUUCACUUAAGUUAUACCAUGGGCCAGCCGACAAAUAUUUCCACGAGGACUUUCUACAACGGUCUGAACACAUAGGCCAAGGUGGAUACGUGGUCUGGUACAUCGCCAUCUGUCUCCUGGCAACCUGGACCGCCACCUGUCUUCUGACCUUCAAGGGCACUGCCCUUCUCUCUAAGAUAGCGUAUGGGUUGACUACAACAACCUUACUACUGUUGACUGUCGUCCUUGUCUACGGCUACUCCACCAUCCCGGACGCUUCCGGUGCCGUGGGCCGCCUUCUUAACAGCCAUGGAGAAGAAUUCCGCCAUGGAGAGAAGCCGGCACUUCCGGCGGAGGAGGACUCUCUCCAGAAACUGCUAGACGAUGUAGUCAACUACAGGCUAGGUCAUCCCGAGCCGUGGAUAGACGCCCUGAACCUGCACGUGAACAGUCUCGGGCUCUGGUCUGGCGUUCUGCCCACCCUUGGAACCCUCGUCUACAACCGCAAACUUGUCAUCAACGCGUCGUGGAUUCUGCUAUUGCUUGUGUAUAGCAUCCUCCCACAGGUGGCGCUGUUUGCCCUUGCGCCCUACAUAGAUCCCCGUGACAGCACCGGCUUCAUCUCUGCAAACAACGGCAUCAAACCAGGAUUACCGUUCUUGUUCAUCGCCAUUCCGGCAACGUUGGAUCGGCUGGAGUUGUCUCCCUUUAUCGGCUUCUGUCUGUUUAUCUGCAUCUUCCUGUUUGGACUUCAUCACCAGGCACUGCACCUCCUUGCGAUCUGGGAGAACCUGCUUCCCUGCACUCCCAAGUUCCUGAUGUCCUACUUCCGGCGGAGGGAGGUACUCGUGGCCGCCGCGUGUGGGGUCUCCUUUCUACUCUGUGUGCCCUACGCCAUCCAGGGCGGGAUCCACCUGUAUGCCGUCGUGAACAGCUACGUUGACCGUCUGGUGUUCACCUUGAUAAUCAUCUCCACCCUCCCCUUCAUACUCGGAUACAUCAAGCAGGAGGUGUUGUACAUCCCCAUAGAGAGGGCGUUCAUGAGCUUGUGGUACGGGCUGGCGGCCCUUAUUUCUUCGGUGUUGCUGAUCUACUAUUUCGCGGUACACGUGUACCCGGUGCCAGUGGUGGGCUACGGGCAGCGCUGGGCGGAGGCUCUUGGAUGGGCGGUGGCAGUCAUUCCUGUGCUGGCGGGGCUUGGACUUGGCGCCGUACAUGCCGUGUACUCGCAGAAAGGCACAUUGAAACAGCGACUGGCCCAGUCACUACGCUCCGAGUCGUUCAACACUUGUGACGACAGUAACGACUACACCGGCGAGACCGGCGAAACCAGUCUACAAACGCCCCACUCUCACAUGACCGGUGAACCAGUCUACGAGAAAACCGAAACGGAAGUGUUCGUGCAGCCCAUGGAAGACGCCGAGGACCCAGAAUGUGUGUAGGACGAUAUAUCUGCGGGACAAGUAUUCGUGUAUAAAAAACUUGCUUAAUUAAGAAAAUGUGAAAAGCGCGUGUGUUUGUCAAACUAAUCGCAUAUUCUUGAAGGGCUAGUCUCGAAGUUGGGUUAGCUAACAAUCAAAGCAUUCUCUAUUAUUUAUUGAUUGGAUUUUUAAAUUUCCUUUUUCAUCAGAUUCAACUCACCAUUGUGUUACAUUUGUGUAACGUAAUUGUGUCAUUUACAUGUUCGUUGCUUGUAAGUUAUACUUUGUAUACAUUUGAAGACAAGACAAACAAAUGUUUAAUUACAGUUUUAUCCCGUGUUUCCAUGUAGCGUACUUCACGUUCGCUUUUCUCGAUUCAGCGAAUUUGGGUUAGACAUUUAGACCCGUAUAAUAUAAUGCUGUUUUAUAACUUUACGGGUCUUAAAGCUGCACUCAACAUAUUGAACGUUUUUAACAACUUUUUUUUUUUUUUUUGCCCUAGAACGAGCCAAUUUUUGCGAAAAUCCAUGGAAACCAGUAAUAUAAGAUUACAGACAAAAAAUAAUUUAUAUUUAAGUUAAAAAAAUGAUGUUUUAUGCAUUUUUCUUAUACCGUAUUAAGUAACGGUUUAAGCCAUAAAACAUUAAUUUUCGAACGGAAAUAAGAAAACAUGCGAUCUGAUCUUUUGUCAGCAAUCUUUUAUCAAUGGUUUACAGAUAUUUACGCAAAAAUGUGCUCUUUCUAAGACAAAAAAUAAAAAAAGUUGUAAAAAUGGUAUGUCUGUGAGAGUGCACCUUUAAUAAAGAAGAGAUUGUUUACCACUUGCAACCUAUACCACAAUUGUUAUUUAAUUUGAUUAAAGGCUUUAUAAGGGUAAGAGUGGUCAACUGUUUUAUGUGUCCGUCUCUCACCCAAGAGAUUGUGGGUUCGAUCCCUACCAGGGGUACCUUCUCAAUGGACACCGGUUACUCAGUAAGGAUUCUAUCAGCUGUCAGCUUUUGUCCCAAUCGAGCUUAAAGAAAUUAGUAUAAGUUUUCUUGUUAUGUAAAAGUGAUGCCAGCUAUAUAUUAUGUUAAACAAAUAUAAUGUAUGUUAUAUUAUUUAUAUAAUACAAUCAUUUAUUAUAUACUUCUACCUAUGUCGUUCCAUUAAUUUGUAUUUGUUUACCUGGUUGUAGUAUGCAUGCAUUGCUGUAUUUUGUCAAAUUAAAAAAAAAAUGAAUUUAAGUACAUUUUUAAUUUAUUAUUCCCUUCAAUUUUAUUAACAAUUC